AUGACUGACAAUAAUCACCCUGACCAUUCAGAAAGUAUACGAGAAACACCCUGGAAUAAUGAAGAUACCUUCCCAGGCUUUGUUUCACCAUUCAGUAUAUUCUCAGAUCGUCCAUCAACUUCUGCAUUCGCUAAUAUUGGACAAAUUGAACCUACACAUCCUCCGAUAGAACAAAAUCAACGGCCAAGAACUUUAGGCGAAACUCUAGGCAUCAGUUUGGAAAUGUCGUCGUCACCAUUUCAUCAAAAUCAAGCACCAUCGUCUACUUCUCCAUUUAAUGAAUUUAAAUUUCCUGCUGAUACUGAAGGAAAAGAUUUGAACUCAAACAUCUUUAGUUCUGAAAGCAAGGAGUCUUCGGACAACAUUGUAGAUCGUGAAUUGGUUAUAUUUCGUCGACCAUCCAAUGUUUCCUCCGGAGAAUCGUUUGUUGACGAUUUACCGGAUGAAUUCUUUGAACACACUGAAGAAGAUAUACGUAAAUUAAUGCGUUCAUAUCGUAAUGAAUGGGCGGAAAAUCAACCUCUUCAAACAUCGACUAUGCGUUCAGAAGCUCGUCAUAAAUCCUAUUCUAAAUAUUAUCGAGCUAUUAUUCAAUUUCACUGGGUUGAUAAUCUUAUUGUUCAAGCAUGUUUCCUUCCUACUGAAAAAGUAUCAGCAUUAUAUAAAUUUAUUCGUGAUCUGCAAAAUUCUACUUGUGAUUUUAAACUAUAUACUACUCCGCCUAAAUUGUUUCUAUCUGAUACAAAUAUUACAUUGAUUGAAGCUGAUUUAGUACCUUUAUCAAAAGUAUUUUAUCAUCCUACUGACAUAUCAGCUGAUAAUGGUAAGUAGUAUAAAUCAUUUAGUGAGUAGUGUCUAAUAUCAUUUACUCUUUUAAAUUAAUUGUUAUUCAAAAAUAUUUAUUUGAACAUAUAAACAUUGGUACAAGGAGGAACCUAAUAGAUAUGCGCCACAUAAAUCAUUCGAUAUGUGUGAGGGCUGGGAUACUGUCCGGGUGCCCAAACCGAAACAGGUGGUUU